GUACAACCCCCUUCCUGCGCUCAUCAUCUACUACUCCUAUUGACAUCGACUAGAACAAGGCGAUGAGCGACCCAAUCGACAAAAAUUGAACAAGGUCGACCGUCUCUGGUUUCCCGACGGCAACUUGAUCAUCCUCAUCGGCGAUCGCGCCUGCCGCGUCUACCAAGGCUACCUCGCAUCGCAGUCUGAACACUUCUCUAACAUGUUCCGUGUCCCCCAACCCGAGGAGGGAUCUGAUCUGUUAAGCGGUGUCCCCGUCGUAGCUCUAUCCGACCCUCCCGACGAGGUUGCACAUUGGCUGAAGGCGACGUUCGUGCCAGGGUCUUUCCCUACUUGUCUUGACGUGGUCGACUGGGAGCAGCUCCUAGCCGUACUGCGCCUGUCGCACAAAUAUCAUGUCCCAUAUUUCCGCCGGCGCGCGCUCGAGCACCUUGCCAAGUACUUCCCUAUCGAUUUUGAUCAGGUGCAGGAGAAUAUCGUAGAUAUUGUCGAGCUGCCGAGGCUCGGCGUCACAUGUACGGCAAUCGCCGAGUCACGGUUAUCGUAACGCGCCCGAUCUUUUUGUACUUCUUUACCGUUUGCACUCGCGUACGCCCGACGUGUAAACGCGGCCAAUUAUAUUGUCCUCGCACCUCCCCG